AUGGUGGCCUCUGUCCGGUCGACCUCAGGGCACGCCCGCGAGCCCUCGGCAGCCAGUGACUCGACUCCGUCCAGUGGCUACGUGGAGGUGGGGCUCUCAGAGACGGCCAACUUGUCUUUUGAAAUUAGGCACUCAUUCCUGAACUGGCUGCUGCUCCUGGUGCUGCUUGGGGGCACUUCGAUUUGCGGGGGGGUCUUCUAUUACUGUGUUCCCCUGCGUCAUGAAUUGACGGACACCGUGAGAUCGCACCUGGCGAACACCCCUUUCAAAGAAGGAGAGAGCUUUUUUCUCAGGCCGUACUCGGGGGGCUGGCGGAGUGUUUCGAGUUUCUCGAGAACCGUGGAGCUGCGCAAUGUGCGUGUAAACGCGUACACUCGGCCUGAAACCACUAGCUACACUAUCGCAGCUGGCGCCGUGACCACGUGGGACGAUGUUGAGGCCUGGCUGCUCAAAGUCCUCGCCCCCACGCUCUACACCGGUAGCCUGGGCGGAUCAGUUGUGGUGCAACUGGCUACGCUGUACCUCGCCAAGGGCAGUCUUGAAGACAACCCAAACAGCAACACAAAGAAUCUCAUAAACAAAAGGCUCAACUUCGAUGUUGCUGAGGAGAAGACUGUGGAUUUCGGGGAAGUCCUGGGAGGGACUUACGCAGUGGAUGCGACGAGCACCAUACAGGCCCUCGGCACUGAAGGCUGGUGGGGGCCGCUGACCACUGAGGCUACGUUGACAAUCAGAGGCAGAGACGGCAACGGGAAUGAGUGCAGUGCGUUUGAAAGCGACCUUUUGCGAGUGGAUGUGCCUUCUCUGGCGCAUGCAGGGCUUCCUGACCAGUAG